ACUGCAGUGAGCGAGAGCGCGAUGCCUGAACCGGCCAAGUCGGCGCCCGCCCCCAAGAAGGGCUCCAAGAAGGCGGUGACAAAGACCCAGAAGAAGGGUGAUAAAAAGCGGCGGCGCAGCCGCAAGGAGAGUUACUCCAUCUACGUGUACAAGGUGCUGAAGCAGGUGCACCCCGACACCGGGAUCUCCUCCAAGGCCAUGGGCAUCAUGAACUCCUUCGUUAACGACAUCUUCGAGCGCAUCGCGGGGGAGGCGUCGCGUCUGGCCCACUACAACAAACGCUCCACCAUCACCUCGCGGGAGAUCCAGACGGCCGUGCGGCUCCUCCUGCCCGGCGAGCUGGCCAAGCACGCCGUCUCCGAGGGCACUAAGGCCGUCACCAAGUACACCAGCUCCAAGUAAAGCGGCCGGGCCCGGCUGCAGGAACCCGCUCGGCUCAACUCAACCCAACGGCUCUUUUCAGAGCCACCCUCCCCCUUCUUCCUAAAGAGCUGAUGUUGCUGCUGAGCUGCCUCUUUUUUUUUCUGGCGUUUCUGAGGAUCGGAACGGUUUGUAGAUGGGGGAGGGGCGGUUUAAAAGCGGUCUUUUAAAGGUUAUUUUCCUGUAUUUUGACAAAAAGCGCGGUCCGGGCUGGAGGCGAGGGCUUCUCCCCCUGCGCAGGGCCCUCUCAGCUCGGGGUUACUCGGUCGCGCUGCCGCUUUCGCCUUCAAACCGUUUUGCUCCGCUCCCAUUGGACCGAGCGGCCGCCAACGUCACAGCGUUGUGGUGGGGAACGGCCGCGCACAGGGAGCCGCAGCGCAGGUUUCACUCCGGUCCGACCCGCGACUAUAUAAACCCCGC